AUGUCCUUUGACUGGUCAUCUGAGCCAUUAACAAUUCAAUCGAUAGUGAAGAAAUUCACUUUACCGGUGGUAAUUCGAUCUGCACCUGGCUUUCGUGGUUCAAGUCGCCCAGUGAUCUUACAUUCGAUUUUGCAUAGUACGUUCGGCUAUGGUCGAGCGUUGAAAGUUAGUCAAUCAAGUUCAAGCCAGCACCCAUCCUAUCGACCGAUUGACUCCGAAAUAGUAGCUGUACCUGCGAAAUAUCCUGGGUACUUUGAAUGUUUACCAUCAUCUGAUAGUCAGAAACAAGUAGGUGUUGUGCCUGAAACAAGUAUUCAUCCCAUUGUCGAACGAAUGCAAGCUAGCCAUCGAUCAGAAGCGUUCUAUGUCGCAUCCCCUAUACGUGUGUAUACUGUUGAAACAAAUGAGGAAGGAGUUACUUGUCGUGUAUGGCAUCAGAUUGAAGCGCAUCAGAUCAUUCUCUUUGAUCAACUGGUUGAUGUCGAGUAUACUCCGACGAUGGAUGAUGAAUUAACCGAUGAAGAUUAUGCAUUUUCCUGGUGGUUUUGUUUUGGUAAACAAGUGUUAAAUCGAAAUGAAUCUGCUUUAAAAUGUAUCUCAACGCAACAUCAAGUAUGUUAUGUUCCAUGCUCGUCGACAGAUGAGCUCAAUUUAAUACCUGUCGGACAGCGGGGUUCGAGUAAUGUAAAUAAAUUACAAAGCAUUCAUAAUCUGAUUGAACAGUUCCCUUUGCCGAUUAAUAUCAAACUAGCAAAUUUACCCAAUUCAUAUGUGUAUACAGAUUUCGUUGGCAGUUUACAAUUGCGUGGUACACGUUCAGAAGAAUUUGCUGUGUGCGCUUCAUUAUCAUCUUCGAAUAUCUUUGCAAUUUCGACAAGUACUCCAUUGAAAUUCGUUGUUGCAUCAUUGCCACCACGACCAACGUCACAAAUUCGAGAUAUUCUUGCUAGUUGUCAAAUAUUUGUCAAUUCAUUUGAUAUGCAAAUUCGUCGCAUUAUCAUGAAAUCUCAUCCUGACAAUUCAGCACAUCGCAGUCGAACACGUUAUCCGAAAAAUGUCACAACAAAUGACGAUCGAGCAAAACGGAGUAAGCGAUCAAACAGUGUCGAUCAACAGGCAAUGACGAAAGAUGAUCAAAACGUGACUACAACUACAGCGGACGAAGGUUAUCGAUCCAGUUCAUCCGCCGCAAGAAGGCGACACAAUUACAGACAACAACGUGCUAUUAGUGCUGAUCCAACGAACAACAAUGCGGAACAAUCUCCACGUAAACAAACGUUAUCUACAGAUGAUGAUUCAACUUACAAUUCGCUCGUUCAUCUUGUUCGAGCGAAAAAAGAAACAUCGCCUACAUCAUCAUCAUCUCCACCUGCUCUACCAAAAAAACCACCGAACUUUCCCUAUCCACAAGCACCUAUAUCUCACGAACGAGGACAAAAUCCAAUAGGCGAAAUCGAUUCACCUAAUGCCAACGGUGCUAUUCUAAUGGAUGCUACUAAUGAACUAUUUUUAGCUUUACCUUCGGAUACUCGAUUUACAUAA